AUGACGUCGGCCUCGGGAGGACAGGGCCAGAAUGAAGACCAGCCCAUACACCUUCGUCUCCGCCGCAGAAGCAUAUACAGCCCGCUGCCGGAGGGUGGUCGGACGUUCCGGCUCUUGCUAAUAAAUCCCGGCACAAGAGAUGAACCGCUCUCUGGCGUGCUCAAGAUCGCCUCACUCCAUGAUGCUGAUGCUGAACAGGAGGAGGACGACGAUGGCAAUUCGCGCCUCACCUACGACGCAGUUUCGUACGUAUGGGGCGAUGAGCUGCGCGAUGCCCGCCCCAUCACCGUGAAUGGAACCGUGCUCCCCAUUGGCGCGAACCUGCACUGGGCUCUGCACCGCCUCCGACUCCAGGACGAGCCCCGCGCCCUAUGGGCCGACGCUCUCUGCAUCAACCAGCGGGACAUGGCCGAGCGCAGCGCCCAGGUGGCCGUCAUGGGACUCAUCUACGGUCGCGCUCGCUGGGUACUGGCCUGUGUCGGUUCUCAAGAUGUCGAGAGUGGCGCCGCAACCAUGAUAGCGGACCUGCUGUCCACUUAUGCGCCAGCCAUGCGAUCCCCUGCCGGACCGCCAGAGGCAUUCAAGCAAGACCCAAGGUGGUCCGCCCUCCCUGCCUUGCUUAAGAAGUCCUGGUUUCAACGCGCAUGGGUACUGCAGGAGAUUGGGCUGGCGCGAGAUCCGCGGAUAGUGUACGGCGAUGCCAACCCCAGGAGCUCCCGGGCCGUCCCUGACGACAACGAGCUCAUCAGCUACCGUGAUCUGAUGUGCGUCAUCGAGUGGAUCAACACACAUGCCCCCGAAUUUGCGUCCAAGGCAGACCUAGGAUCCCUCCUCAUCCACAUGCGCUGGACGGAUUGGACAUUGCAAAAGGCAGAAAAGCAUCAGUACAGGUUCCUGGACUUGCUGGACCACGGGGCUCUGAUGGGCUGCAGAGAUCCUAGAGACCACGUCUACUGCUUUCUGGGUCAUCCACUGGCCAGGACAGACGAUGGGGAGCCACUGGUGGCUCCAGACUACCGAAAGACUGUUGUGCGGGUAUACGAGGAGGUGUCGGCGCUGCUGAUCCGGGACGCGGGUGUGAGGACCCUCUGCAUUGUCGAGCACAAUGAGACGUCGAUAAAAGCUACAACCGUCCCGUCGUGGGUCAUUCGCUGGAAUAUUAGUCGUGUAGUCAACAACAUUUACUGUCAUCCCAACGACAGCUUUGCAGCUUGCAGGUACGAUGGCAAUUACAACAACGUCCAGCCGGAAUUCGUCGGCCAGGACGGUCGUGUACUGAGAGUCAAAGGGAUCGCCGUUGAUGUUAUCCAGGUCUGCUACCGUAUCAACCUCCGUACCGAGUCAAGGGGGUUGUACUUCAAACUGGAGGACCGCUCUAGGUCUUCGCCCUCGAUCAGUCUCGAGGCGUUAAUCGCAGAGCUCGAAAAGCCAAUGACUCCAUAUGCAUACACCUCAUGGCCACGCGACAAACACCCCGUUCCCGGUGCCGCCAACCACCCAGUCAGCGGUCGUAACAGUCGGGUGGCCAACCUCGCGCUGACACUGUGUAUGGGACAACUAGAGGGCACGGAUGUGGAACUUGCGGGCGGAACCUUGAUGUUCCUUAUGAGUGCGCUCCGCCAUAGGAGCGGGCCCAGGCCCAAGAAACGGAAACAAGAAGAUCCUCCCGCCGAUGUCGAAACCCGCAUUCACAACCUCUGGGACCGCAUCGAGGCAUACUGUGACGGUCGGUCCUUUAUCGUCACCUCGAAUGGCUACUACGGUCUUGUGGACUUGGUUACAAAGCCCGGAGACGUCUGUGCAGUAAUGCGUGGAAGCAGGGUACCCUUCGCCUUGAGACCAGGACAGGGAGAGUGGGUUGACAUAGGGGACAAAAAGACAGGGAAAAAACCUAGGAAUCCCGUUGUGAGACGAGUGCGGUUGGUGGGCGAAGCAUACCUACAUGGGUUUAUGGGUGGGAAGGCAAUCAAUCUGUUGAACAAAGGAGAGCUUAUAGAAGAGGCCAUUGACAUCUGGUGA